AUGCUCCGCCGGAGCCACUGCGAGGCAGCGCUUCGACCAGCAAACUGGACCCUGACAGGUGCUGCACUGAAAACUGCCUACGGCACCUGCAAGAUUCUCCUGCCCUGUCACGUCGAGUCACCGAGCGCAUGGACCAAAGCCGACGCAAUACUACAAUGGUUACAUGACCAAGUCGCUGAAGACUUGGCAGAAAGUGUUCGGGUAGCAGGAGAAGGUGACGAGGUACCUGCCAGCACCAGGCCCAGCCGGUUGCCGCAGGAACCAGGAAUUGCUUUCAAGGACGAAUUGUGCGACUGCGGUGUCCGAUGGCUGCCUCCAGGCACUACACUGGCAGAAAUGCUAGAUCUCGGCGUGACGUUCUUGCCAGAGCACCAAGUGACGUACUCCACGUUUGUGAAGUGCUAUCACAUGUCUUGGGAGAAAAAGCUGAAAAUACGAUCCGUCGGACAACACAGUAAGUGCACGGCCUGCGAGAAAUUCAAGCAAUACCGGCGCCAGGUGUCUUCCAAGUCAGACUGUGACCGCAUUAGCAAGGAAUAUUCUGAUCACUUGACGGAUGUCAUGAAAGACAGGCAGUUCGAUUCACGCCUAGUCACACGGGCACGCAUCAGCGCAGGAACCUUAUCUGGAAGCGUCGAAGCAUCAGACUCAUUGCUAUCUAUAGUCAUAGACGCAAUGGACGGUGCCAAAUUUCGCUGCCCAAGGAACAUCUCCGCCGCAAAAGAAUUCCAGAACCUUUGGCGGCCAGAGACAUCCUGCAUAGGUGCCAUCAUAGAAGGCCUUCAUGAAACAUACUAUUUGUGCGAUCCUGACCUCUCAAAGAAAGCCGACGUGCAUGUGAGCAUCAUUGGCCAUUCUUUGGAGAAAGCAAAAAGCAGCUUUCGGGCGCGGGGGAAGCCUUUCCCCCGCCACCUGAGGCUGCAUACUGACAACGCAGCCGCGGAAGGAAAAAAUCAGACUGUGAUGUGCCUGGCUGCAUGGCUUUGCCAUCGCCAGUUGUUUGACAGUGUUGUCCUAACCCAGUUCAGGGUUGGACACACCCAUUCAAGGAUCGAUCAGCGAUUCAGCAAGAUCAGAUUUUGUCUGUCUCAAUGUUCGGUCCUUGAAUCGCCAGAGGCAUUCAUGAAUGCCAUUAGUGAAGGCGUGCAGCCACGUGACUCCAGACAAUUGUCUGUGGAGAGAAUCCGCGCUGCACCAAGCAUGAAGAAAUUCUUCCAGCACCUGGAAGUGACCACUUCAGGUCAUGUGCAGACGCAUUGGCAAACAAAACGAAAUGAAGAGGCUGUGCAUUUCUUCAGCUUCCAGCGACGCUCUGAGUAUGAGGGCAGUGUGGAGGAAGUUAACGGCUCACCGGCUGGUCCGAAACCUGGUGAUGUCAUUCUGACAUGCAGGCAAUAUAUUAGCGACAAGGUGCCCAGUCAACCACCAUUAGUCUUCGCCCUUGAAGACGAUUUUGCUCGACUUCCAAGCUGUGAGUCUUUGACCUUAUCUCCACGAAUUUCCUUGUCUGAGAGACAGGUCAGAGAGUUUCAGAAGACAGCUGAGGUGAUCAGCCAAGAACCGUGGCAUAUGGAUGCUGGCUGCGCAUUUCUGCUUCAGCUCGUCGAAUCCAACCAAAGCAAUUCGUGUGAAUCAUGGGUCCCAUUGCAUAUGCCGUGGCUCUUGGCAGGAACCCGGGCAGAGGUUGAGGUCUCUGAGCCGGACGUGCCGCAAUUGACAGACAAAACCUUUGCAUGGAAUCACAGGGCGCCUGCCACUGUCAAGGUGUCUAGGCCACCCUCCACACUGAGGCGGCUCAAGGUCAAGGGCAAGACGACAGCUGCAGAUGAUGAUGGCGGCGCCGUUCAACUUCCACCUCCUGCCGAGCCUGAAGGAGAGCAACUUCAGCAAGAUCCCGCAGAGAGACCGCAUCAGAAUCUUCAGUUGGGCGCGCCUGACAGUGCGUUUGGUCCAGCACCCAGGAGACGUGCAGAUGCAGGUCAAAUGCCUCCAGAUGCCAGCCUUGGGUGUCAGGAGAGCGACAUUGUGGUGAUUGACGACGACGAGGAGGAAAAGCAGCAGCACCUGUUCAUGGAAUUUUUUUCGCCACCGCGGGUAGCCAUACCUUUGCGGCGCGAAGGGUUCUUGGCAGUCCACAGCUUUGACAUUAUGACAGGCUACGACUUUUUGACUGCAGAUUCUCGCGCCCGGGCAUUGAAGCCGCAGUCAAGGCACCGUCCAUUUUUCACAAUGCUGAGCGCGCCUUGUACCAUGUACAGCCCCAUGCAAAACGCAAACCUGGGCAAGAUGGAUUUGGCCACGAAGAAACGCAGGUGGUCAGAGGCGCACUGUCUACUUGACUAUUCAAUGCUUGUUGCCAAGCGACAGCACGCCCAGAAGCGCUUUUUUGCGCAUGAACAUCCGCAAAAAGCUACUUCAUGGAAGCGUCAAAGCGUGAAGGACCUGGAGGAGGAAGAGGAUGUCAUGAAAGUGUCCUUCGACCAGUGCCGUGUCAACCUACGAACACCAGUCUCAAAGAAACCCCUGCAAAAGAGGACAACGCUGCUGACAAAUUCUGCAGCCAUUGUCGAUUUGUUCCAGCCUUUGCAAUGCGCCUGCACAGAAGAACAUGCCACCAUUGAGGGCAGCGAGGGAGGCAUCCAACUGUCGAAGUGGUGCCAGGUGUAUACACCCGAGUUUGUGGACAAGCUGCAGAAGGCUGUUCGCUUGGAAUGGGAGCGUAAUAAGUAG